AUGCCGCCGCGCAAAUCCACAUCCUCGGUCACGCCCGCCGAGCCAGACGAGCCACAGCUGCAGCAGUCACCGCAGGCGCCGAGCCAGACAGACAAAAACGUCACGGCAACAGAGCAGCAGCUGAAGGCGCGGGCCGAGGCGGGCGUCAGUGUCGAUGACUACCUUCUCCCGCGCUCGUUGACAGUACGCCUAGCCAAAGGCGUGCUCCCGCCCAACACGACGAUCCAAAAGGACGCAGUGCUGGCGAUCCAGAAGGCGGCCACUGUAUUCGUGUCGUACCUGUCAUCACAGGCCAACGAAUCCACCCUGAAACGCACCGUCGCACCCACAGACGUCUUCAACGCGCUCACGGAGCUCGAAUUCGACUCGUUCCGGUCCCGUCUCGAGCAGGAACUCGAGGCAUACACCGAGACCAAGGCUGGGAAACGCAAGUCGAAGAAGUCCGAUGUCAACGGCGCGGGCGAUGCCUCGGGAGCUCCCACAGGCGCAGGCGCAGAUGGUGCCGCGGAUGGUGCUGCUGCUGCGGCGACGAGGGCGGAUGGAACACCGCGGGAUGAAGAUGACGACGUCGAUAUGGUUGAUAACCCGGCCAAGAAGGUGAAGCGCGUGGAUGAUGAUGGGCCGGGGGCUGGUGGGGAGCCGGUGGAUGACGAUGAGACGCAGGAGGAGGAGCUUGAAGAAGAUGAGGAGCAGGAGCAGGACCAUGAGGACGAGGAAGAUGAUGAACAGGAAGAUGAUGAGGACGAGGAGGAAGAUGACCGCCGGCCUCGUUUGGAAGAUGAUGUUGACCGGGUGGAGGAUUUGGAUCGCGAUCCCGGGGCGCAGCGUGGGCCAAUGGAUCCUGAUGCUGAUGAGACAGAUGAUGAGGAUGCUGGGCCGGCUAGUCAGUUGCGCGAUGAUCUGGGGUUGGGCUAG